GCUUGCUCCCCGGCACCUCGAGGUUGCGAUCUUCCCUCUAUUUGGUAUCUACUAAAAUAGUCCUCGACUGCGAAUCCCAACCGCCAUCAUGUCUGUUGAAAUCGACCCAUUAGAGCUAGGCUUCCGCAGGCCUUUCACUGUGGAGGUUGCGCAGAUCCUCAAAAUCAAGAACCCCAACACGGCGCCCGUCGCUUUCAAGGUCAAAACCACAGCCCCUAAGCAGUACUGCGUCCGCCCAAAUUCGGGUCGCAUCGAGCCCGGACAUGAAGUCGAGGUGUCAGUUUUACUACAGGCCAUGAAGCAGGAGCCGCCGCUCGACGCCCGCUGCCGCGACAAGUUCCUCGUCCAGUCCGUCACCAUUACCGGAGAUAAAGAGUUCACAAAUGUGUCGCAGAUUUGGGAUUCAGUAGAGAAGUCGGCAAUCCAGGAAAAGAAGAUCCGCGUGUCUUGGCUGCCGCCCUUGGAAGACCAUGCCCGCUCAGAGCCCGUCGCCACGCCGGUCCGGCGAUCGCUUGCCAACGGGACACAGUCCGAUGCCACCCCCGACACCGCGCCCCCGGCGUACUCGUCCCCCGGCGACGACGGAGCCGCCGACCAAACCGCCUUCAUGUCGCAGCCCGAGCCGAAGGAGCUGAAAGAAGAGCCCGCCGAGACCUCCCACGGAGCAGCAGCGGCAUUCUCAGCCGCCGCGGCAACCGCGGCGACCGCGGGGGCGGCGGUCAAGUCAACAGCAACGGCGACAUACGACGAACUCAAGGACCAGCUGGCCAAGGCGGAGGCCAUGAUCGCAUCACUCAAGAACGAGGCCACGAGCGGCCUGCGCCAGCGGAAGCCGGCGGCGGCAACGACGACGUCCGAGGAGAGCGGAGCUGUGCAAAAUGGGGAGCUCGCCCAAGCAGAGAGGCAAGGCACAGAAGGGGUUCCCGUGCAGGUUGUGGCUAUACUCUGCCUCAUCAGCUUCCUCUUGGCAUACUUCUUUUUCUAAAGGGGCAAGGGCAGGGGGUAAACGUGCUCCUCUCGUUCUACGGUUGCUCUACGAUUUCACCCCCCGUUACUACAAUUGCCGAGGGGUGUCCGGAACUCC